UGUCCCCCCCCCCUCCAUAUCAUGUGAUUCAGGUGCUCCAAUCUCUUCCAUAUCAUGUGAUUCAGGUGUUCCAUCCCCUCCAUAUCAUGUGAUUCAGGUGUCCCAAUCCCCUCCAUAUCAUGUGAUUCAGGUGUUCCAAUCCCCUCAAAUCAUGUGAUUCAGGUGUUCCAAUCCCCUCCAUAUUGUGAUAUGAUUCAAAAGCCCACAACAAUAUCAUGUGCUUCAGGUGUCCCAAUCCCCUCCAUAUCAUGUGAUUCAGGUGUUCCAAUCCCCUCCAAUCAUGUGAUUCAGUGUGUUCCAAUCCUCUCCAUAUUAUGUGAUUCAGGUGUCCCCAAUCUC